AUGGUGGGAAAUACUUAUGAGACACUUCCGUUCUAUCACAAUAGAACUGGGAGGGAGAUGUGCCAAUGGUUGACACACAUUAAAUUAUCAAGGAUAAUCAUUUUAACGUCUGUAAUCUUAUUUAUUGUGCCAUUAUUUACGCAUUACUAUUUAUCUAAGGUAGAAUCUGAUACUCCAGAUAGGGAUAUGUAUAGAACAUUUUCAACUCUGGAAGCUUUCGAGGAUUUUACAUCCAUGAAAGCAUCACAGCUGAAGAUGAGAAUAGAGGAAAUGUUUCGUAUAAAAAUUUCAGUGAGCAAUGAAUUAAGAGAUCUGAGUGCAAAGAGGCAAAGACUUCAGGGUGAAGUUAACAGUUUGACACAGAAAAUAGACGAGCUGAAGCAAGAGUUACUGCAUCAACAAACUGAUCUUGAUAGAUUAAAAAUAAGUGUGGAGCAAGCACAGGUGGCGCAGAAAGAGGCAGUGGAAAGAAACACGCCUGAAUUAGCACCACCUAAGAGAAUAUUAAUUAACACCCUGCCAGUUACAUUAUCUACCACUGAUCCAAGAUCAUGUAGAAUGUACAAUUGUUUUGAUCAUAGUCGAUGUGCACUGACAAGCGGUUUCCCUGUGUACUUGUAUGAUCCAGAUCAAUUUUCGGUAGUUAGUCCAGGAUGGGAUGUAGACGGCUUCUUAAAAACAACUAUUAAACAAACGUUAGGAUAUAAUCCGCAUCUUACUAGAAAUCCAGCAGAGGCAUGUAUAUACAUAGUCUUAAUUGGUGAAGCAUUAAGCCUCCAUCAAAAGAGUGAUCAACGUCAUAAUAAAGCUUUAGAUAUAAAGAAAUUACAAGCACUUCCCUAUUGGGGUGGUGACGGUAGAAAUCACAUAUUAUUAAAUCUUGCACGUAGAGAUUUAUCUGCAGAUUCUGGAAAUAUUUUCAGUAAUUUGAAUACUGGCAGAGCGAUAAUAGUACAGUCAACAUUUUAUAGAAACCAAUUCCGCGAUGAUUUCGAUUUAAUUGUUCCACCAAUUCUGGGACCACCUGGUGGAGAUGUUUGGCAAGAAUGCGCACAAAUGUUACCUGCGAGAAGGAAAUAUUUGCUGUCAUUCCAAGGAGAAAUGAGGACUUUUAUGGGUACACCGAUGACAUAUCAAAUUGAUGACACAGAUGUAGAUAUGGAAAAAUUAAUAAUUGAUGAUAACAAUAUAGAUGCCUUUAUUAUUCAAUAUUUAAAAGAUAUGAGCAAUGGAAUAACUUUGGAUAAAUUUUUCAUUCAAUUUGAAUGUAUACCAGCUUCUAUGGAGAGUAAGCCUGUAGAAACUCUUGAUUGGUCUCUUUGUGGAACUGAUUCGUCUAGAAGAGCUAUAUUAAAGGAAUCAACGUUUGCAUUGAUCUUAGCUCCCAGUAAUGCUACAUUAUUGACUACUUCGUUCAUGCAAGCAAGAUUGUACGAAGCAUUGCGAGCUGGAUCGAUACCAGUCAUUCUUGGUGGUGAUCAGAUUUUGCUUAAUUAUAAUGAAGUUGUUGAUUGGAGGAGAGCAGUUAUUUUUCUACCUAAGGCUAGAGUGACUGAAAUGCACUUUUUACUGCGUGCUGUUCCUGACAACGACCUUUUGACUAUACGGAGACAAGGUAGAUUGAUAUGGGAACGUUAUAUGAGUACUGCUCAAGGUGUAGUGGAUACAACCAUAGCAGUAAUAAGAGACAGACUUGGUAUACCACCACUACCAGCGUCUCAAACACCCAGCCCUAGUGUUUUUAACGAAAGCUUUGUGCCUUUAAAAUCGGAUGCUAUUAUUGCCGAACCGGAAGCUGAAGAAAGUUUAGGUCCUCUAGAACCGCCGUAUCCAUCUCCUGCUUUCAAGAGAAAUUAUACAACACUAUUAGUUCAAAACCAUGAAAUUUGGAAUGAUUGGAUGGAUCCAUUUAAUUUGUAUCCACAAUUACCUUUUGAUACUGUUCUUCCCAGUGACGCUAAAUUUAUUGGCUCAGAAGUAGGCUUUCGACCUAUUGGCAAAGGUGCUGGAGGUGCUGGGAAAGAAUUUAGUGAGUCAUUAGGAGGAAAUUAUCCAAGAGAACAAUUUACAAUUGUUAUGCUAACUUAUGAGAGAGAACAGGUUCUUAUAAAUUCAUUGGCACGUCUUUAUGGCUUACCUUAUUUAAAUAAGGUACUUGUGGUAUGGAAUAGUCCGAAACCACCUGUAGAAGAUCUCAAGUGGCCUGAUAUCGGCGUUCCUAUACAUGUUAUAAAAGCUCCAAGAAAUAGUUUGAAUAAUAGAUUCCUGCCAUUUGAUGCAAUUGAGACAGAAGCCGUCCUUUCUAUUGAUGAUGAUGCUCAUUUGAGACAUGAUGAAAUCAUGUUUGGUUUUAGAGUAUGGAGGGAACAUCGAGAUCGUGUAGUUGGAUUCCCUGGUCGAUUUCAUGCAUGGGACCAGAAUUAUCACAACGCUUGGAAUUACAAUUCUAAUUAUUCUUGCGAGCUAUCCAUGGUUUUAACUGGAGCUGCUUUUAUUCAUAAACAUUAUACAUAUCUGUAUACACAUUGGUUACCACAAGCGAUAAGAGAUAAAGUUGAUGAAUAUAUGAAUUGUGAGGACAUUGCGAUGAAUUUUUUAAUAUCUCACCUUACAAGGAAACCACCAGUUAAAGUAACAUCACGUUGGACAUUUAGAUGUCCCGGUUGUCCAGUUUCACUUUCAGAAGAUGAUACUCAUUUUCAAGAAAGACAUAAAUGUAUCAAUUUCUUUUCACAGGUUUUCGGUUAUAUGCCUCUAUUAAAUACACAGUAUCGAGCUGAUUCGAUAUUAUUUAAGACACGAAUACCACAUGAUAAGCAAAAAUGUUUCAAGUUUAUAUGA